AUGAUGUACAAGGAGAAAUACCGAAAUCGUAGUAAAGAGUACUACGAACAAAAAUCGCGUUUCAAGAGUCAUACUGUAGAUCCUUACAAACGACAGGAUACAAUUUUCAAUUUGGGAGCAGCUUUGACAAGAGAUGGUAAUUUGAUUCUACAGGAGCGGCCUGAAAUGGCAGGCUUGCUGGCAAUUUCCUCAGAGAUGUCGUGGAGGUUGUCUAGCGGAGAUGACAGAGAUGACAUGCCGGUGACAAACUCUGCGCAAUGCAAAGCUUGGGCUUCGUUGAAACAAAGCUUGGGCUUCGUUGAAACUCUAUCCUUGGUUGAAAACGAGCCUGCCGAAACAUUCAUUUCCAUUCGUGGAGGCUUCGUCCAAAUGGACGAACUUCGUCGGACACCUUCGUCCAAUGGACGAACUUCGUCGGACCGACGAAACCUCUAUAAUUAA